ACAACUUGACAAUAUAAGAGAUCAGAGAGAUCCUUGAAAUUGCAGUGUCUUUGUAGGAGGGAGAGAAGAGAGAGAGAAAUUGAAGAGGAAGAAGAGGAGCAAUCAAUCCAACUUGGGAAUAGAUAGUGAAUAGAAGAACUAUCAAAGUACUAUUGGAAAUUUCUCGACAAUCUUAGCAAUAUUAUGGCUUUCGAUUGCUUCACAUUCUCCCAAUGGUUAUGUUGCGGGUGGACUUGGUUUAAAGAAUGCUGUGCAUGUUGUCAGCCUCCAUCUCCAACCGAUGGUGGUCCCAAUGGUCCACAGAAUACCUGGGUAAAGAUAAUUUGUGCAAACUGUCCUCAGCAAUGCAUGUGCUGCUUGGGACUAUUUACAUGCUGUAAUUGUGGAGGAGGAAACCAAUCUCAAUCUCAAUCUCAAGAUGGAUCAAACAACAAUAAUUCUCCUCAAAUAGCCAAAGCAGAAGCUAAAACCUAUGAAGCUGGUAACAUUGAAGAUAAAGAAGUAGCACACCAAUCCCAUUAUGAAGUUGAAUCAAACAACAACAAUUCUCUUCAAAUGUUUGGAAACACAACUCAAUCUAAUGAAAUUGGUAAAAUUCAAGGUGAUAAUUAUGGUACUCAAAAAAUAUUAAAUAAUGUGGCAAAUACUAACAUAUAUAAUCAAUAUCCCACUCUAAGUGAUAGUUUGGAUGAGCAACUGAAAAAUGACAGUAAAAGGACUACUAUUAUUAAUCAAGAAAUAUUUGGAAAUGGCAUUGCUGUUCAAAACAAUAUAUAUAAUAAUAGAUAUUACAUUCAGCAUACUAGAUCGGAACCAGAUUUCCCUUCGCUUGGGAUGAAGUCCGACGAUGAACCUGAACAAAUAUUUAAUCAAAAGAUAACAGGUACUGGGACAAAAGUUGAAAACAAUUAUGUCAGUAGGACUUUUCAGCGUUGGAAUUCGUUUCCAGAAGAUCAUGUUCGCAAAGUGUUACCUGUCUCAGAAGAUCACGUCGUUCCCAAACCACUUCAUUAACCUCAACUAUUUUAGUUCAAUUUGAAUAUGAUCAUGAACUUGUGCUUAAAAUUAUUCAAGACAGUUAUCUUAUAAUUGUUUAUGGUUUGACUGUUGUUUAGAAGCAUUUCUAGAUGAAAAAAAUAUUUAAAGUGCUUUUGAAAAAGUAAAUGUUCUAUAUUA